AGCAGUAUUAUACCACAAAUCAUUUGUAUUUAUAUUUGAAUAGAAAUACAACAAUGAAUCGAAAACGACCCAGAAAAGACAUUUCACAUAUAUCGAAGAGACACUUAAAUCGCCUAGCUGCAGAAGAAUCAAAACUUAUAUGUGACAGUGUAUUAAAUACAAGUGUAUUGUCAGAUAAUGAGAAUUAUAAAAAUCCAGAAUAUUUAAAAACCGGUUCCACAAAUAAUUCACAUAAUCGUUAUGAGACAUUUGCUACUGAAAAUGAUUCUAUUUAUGGACAAAAUAAUAUAUCUAUAAAAUGUGAAAAUGAGGAAUAUCUGGAAUUGAAUGAAUCUGAUUCAGAACAAUCAUCUGUGAGCAUUUAUUAAGAAUCUUCUCAAGAAUCACUACUUUAUAUUGCAUCUAAAAAA